GACCGCGCUACUAGUGGCGAGGCAGGGGCUAAAGCUGCUGCCAAACGACAUGGAUCUGCGCUACACUGAAGCCUCCUCCGUGCACGCACUCGGACUCUUCUCCGAAGCGGUGUGUGUUCUCUCCUUUUCUCUCCCUUCCUGCUUCCUUAGACUUCCCAGCUCAGAGAGUUACAUUUCACUGAAGCCUCCUCCUUCCCUCCUCCUCCGUGCAUGCACUCGGACUCUUCUCCGAAGCAGUGAGUUCCCUCCCUCCCUCCCUCCCGUUUUGAGACUGCUCACCGCGCUGCACCGUGCUACACCGCCCUGCUGCACGCCCUGUGCUGCCCGCCGCGGGCCCACGAACGAGUUUUACACCCCACCCCACCAUCAUCCACCUCUUCUUCUUUUGAAGCACCUGGAUAACGGAUUGCUCACAUUCCCACCCUAUCAUCAUCCCCCAUCAUCAAGCAUCAUCCCCCAUCAUCAAGCAUCAUCCCCCAUCAUCAAGCAUCAUCCCCCAUCAUCAAGCAUCAUCCCCCAUCAUCAAGCAUCAUCCCCCAUCAUCAAGCAUCAUCCCCCAUCAUCAAGCAUCAUCCCCCAUCAUCAAGCAUCAUCCCCCAUCAUCAAGCAUCAUCCCCCAUCAUCAAGCAUCAUCCCCCAUCAUCAAGCAUCAUCCCCCAUCAUCCCCAUCAUCAAGCAUCAUCCCCCAUCAUCCCCCAUCAUCAAGCAUCAUCCCCCAUCAUCAAGCAUCAUCCCCCAUCAUCAAGCAUCAUCCCCCAUCAUCAAGCAUCAUCCCCCAUCAUCCCCCAUCAUCAAGCAUCAUCCCCCAUCAUCCCCCAUCAUCAAGCAUCAUCCCCCAUCAUCAAGCAUCAUCCCCCAUCAUCCCCCAUCAUCAAGCAUCAUCCCCCAUCAUCAAGCAUCAUCCCCCAUCAUCAAGCAUCAUCCCCCAUCAUCAAGCAUCAUCCCCCAUCAUCAAGCAUCAUCCCCCAUCAUCAAGCAUCAUCCCCCAUCAUCAAGCAUCAUCCCCCAUCAUCAAGCAUCAUCCCCCAUCAUCAAGCAUCAUCCCCCAUCAUCAAGCAUCAUCCCCCAUCAUCAAGCAUCAUCCCCCAUCAUCAAGCAUCAUCCCCCAUCAUCAAGCAUCAUCCCCCAUCAUCAAGCAUCAUCCCCCAUCAUCAAGCAUCAUCCCCCAUCAUCAAGCAUCAUCCCCCAUCAUCAAGCAUCAUCCCCCAUCAUCAAGCAUCAUCCCCCAUCAUCAAGCAUCAUCCCCCAUCAUCAAGCAUCAUCCCCCAUCAUCAAGCAUCAUCCCCCAUCAUCAAGCAUCAUCCCCCAUCAUCAAGCAUCAUCCCCCAUCAUCAAGCAUCAUCCCCCAUCAUCAAGCAUCAUCCCCCAUCAUCAAGCAUCAUCCCCCAUCAUCAAGCAUCAUCCCCCAUCAUCAAGCAUCAUCCCCCAUCAUCAAGCAUCAUCCCCCAUCAUCAAGCAUCAUCCCCCAUCAUCAAGCAUCAUCCCCCAUCAUCAAGCAUCAUCCCCCAUCAUCAAGCAUCAUCCCCCAUCAUCAAGCAUCAUCCCCCAUCAUCCCCCAUCAUCAAGCAUCAUCCCCAUCAUCCCCCAUCAUCAAGCAUCAUCCCCCAUCAUCAAGCAUCAUCCCCCAUCAUCAAGCAUCAUCCCCCAUCAUCAAGCAUCAUCCCCCAUCAUCCCCCAUCAUCAAGCAUCAUCCCCCAUCAUCCCCCAUCAUCAAGCAUCAUCCCCCAUCAUCAAGCAUCAUCCCCCAUCAUCAAGCAUCAUCCCCAUCAUCAAGCAUCAUCCCCCAUCAUCAAGCAUCAUCCCCCAUCAUCAAGCAUCAUCCCCCAUCAUCAAGCAUCAUCCCCCAUCAUCAAGCAUCAUCCCCCAUCAUCAAGCAUCAUCCCCCAUCAUCAAGCAUCAUCCCCCAUCAUCAAGCAUCAUCCCCCAUCAUCAAGCAUCAUCCCCCAUCAUCAAGCAUCAUCCCCCAUCAUCAAGCAUCAUCCCCCAUCAUCAAGCAUCAUCCCCCAUCAUCAAGCAUCAUCCCCCAUCAUCAAGCAUCAUCCCCCAUCAUCAAGCAUCAUCCCCCAUCAUCAAGCAUCAUCCCCCAUCAUCAAGCAUCAUCCCCCAUCAUCAAGCAUCAUCCCCCAUCAUCAAGCAUCAUCCCCCAUCAUCAAGCAUCAUCCCCCAUCAUCAAGCAUCAUCCCCCAUCAUCAAGCAUCAUCCCCCAUCAUCAAGCAUCAUCCCUAGUGAAUUGCCCCACUUCACUUUGAAUCUCUCCCGCCUCCCUCCCAGUGCAUACUGUAUACACACGAUAUACCACAUACCACAUUGUUUCCACCCCUCCCUUCCACCCUUCCCUCCUCCCCUCUCCCCUCCCACCUCUCCCUCUCCCCCGCUCUUCCCCACCGCCCCUCACACCAUGGGUAUGACACAGAGGGAGCUGACGUGCUACCUGGCCAUGAGGAGGCACAAGCCGCUGCCAGCACUCAAGAUAGACGAUGAGCUCAACCCCACCUUUAAGGAAGGGUGGAGCAAGCGCAUGCCCCCAAUGGUCCUCUUCCCCGGAUACGAGAUGCAGCCAGUGCUGCAGGUGGCCCGCCUCCCGCCCUCCGAGAACGCCGGUUACCGCCUAACCUUCUCGAAGAAGAUGCGCGCGUUGCUGCAAGCAGCGGAGAAGCUAGGGUCCCUGGUGAAAUACGACUGGCAGGGAUUCCUGCCCAACAAGAGACAGUACCGCAUGGCAGGGUUGGCAAUGAUGGACCUUCGAGACCUGGUGCGCCGCACAUGGGCAGUCAUGGCGGAGGAGAGAGACGGACGGGCUGCUGCUGCUGCUUCUGCUGGUGGUGGUCGGGGCGGUGAUGGGGGUGGUGCUGCUGCUGGUGCUGCUGCUGGUGGUAGUGGGAGCAGGAGGGGGCGGAGGAGGCAGCAGCGGCUGCAGCAGCUGCAGCAGCAGCAGCAGGAGCAGGAGGAGCAGCAGGGAGAGUCAGAGGGAGCAAAGCAGGAGGACAGGCAGGAGCAGAGGCAGCGCAGCAAGACGCAGGAUCGCAGGCGAAGAAACAACAAGCAGCAGCAAGAGAAGGAGGAGGAGGAAGACGACGAGGAAGAGGACGAGGAGGAGCAGCAGGGGCGGCGGUCGCGGGGGCGCGAGAGGAGGGGUGGGGGGCGUGAGGCGGAGAAAGGGAAGGCGCAAGGGAAGACACAAGGGAAGGCGGGGGAGACGAUCGGCGGGUGGAGGGAGAUCUAUGACCGUGUGGUGAAGUGGCGUCAGCUGGCUGAACCCAUUGACCCUGUGGUGUGGAUCGACAAACUCACAGCCAAGGAGUUUGAGGAGGGCUUUGGGUCCGUGACAGCCAUGCUGGUGGGGCAGAUGAAGAACAGCCGCUACUACUUCAUCUUUGAUCGAGCGCUGGACAUCAUGAAGGGGCGAAUGCUGGAUGAUGGCGUGUGGAACGGGCACAACAACCCCGUCGAAAUCACACCAGAGAUGAAAGCACAGAUCAAGGCGGCGAAGGACGCGGAGGAGCUGUGGAAAGUGAUAGGGGAGGACUACUGGGUGGUCACUCCUUGCUACAGCACCGCCACUCCUGGUUAUGUGAUGAACGGCACUCGCCUCACCAUGGUUCGCACACACCCGGCACGCCUCCCCGUUGGAAGGAGUACGACCAUGAGAUGGAAGCUGCUUGGAAGGUGGGUGCUGUUUCUGUUGUUUCUCCCCCUUUUUCUCCCCCUCUUUCUCCCCGUCUUCCUCCCCUCGUUCUCCUCUCUUCCUCCCCACUCUCUCAUGCGCACCACAUCAAUCUCCCUUUCUACCCCUCACCUCAUUAACUACCCGCUUUCCCCCUCCCUCCAUCCUCCCCACAUCCUCCCCACAUCUUCCCAUCAUCCUCCCCACUUUCCCCCUUCACCCCACCAGGCGCUGUGUGCAGCAUACCUGGGCACAGGGCUGAAGGAAAGCAACAUCACACCCCCCCAUCCUCCCUUCACCUUCCUUCACUGUGUUAACGCCGCGCUGUGUGCAGCAUACCUGGACACGGGGCUGAAGGAGAGCAACAUCACGGAGUAUCGCCAGCGCAUUCAGCGCGCCAUUCUCUCCCUCGCCUUUUACUGGUGCGCGCGGGCGGGGCACAUACAAGGGGGACGGGCAGGGGAAAGGGGAGGGCGAGGUAUGGGGAAGGGAAGGUGGAAGAGCGGGGGAAGGACGAUAUGGUGGGUACGGAGAGAGGGGAAGCGUGACCGAAGCUACAGCUCCCCAUCCUUCCCAUCCCUUGCAUCCCUCCCAUCCCACCAUCCCUUCCAACCUCUCCCAUUCCCCGCAUCCCUCAUCCCUCUUACCCUCCUCAUCCCCUCUCUCUCGCCCAUCCACACGUGCACAGGUACUACAACUUCAUGCCUCAUCCCCUCUCUCUCUCUCUCGCCCAUCCACAUGCACAGGUACAACUUCAUGCCUCUCGCACGCGGCACGGCCAUGGUGGGCUAUGUCACGAUGCUGGGACUACCCCUUGCAGCCAAUCUUGAGGCACCUUCAAAGUCAUCCGUCCCAUCCCUCAUCCCCUCAUCUCGGCCUCAUCCCAUCCCACCCGCCCAUCCACACAUGCACAGGUACUACAACUUCAUGCCUCAUCCCCUCUCUCUCUCUCUCGCCCAUCCACGCAUGCACAGGUACAACUUCAUGCCUCUUGCACGCGGCACGGCCAUGGUGGGCUAUGUCACCAUGCUCGGGCUAUUCCUGGCAGCAGACAUGCAGGUCACAGCACACGUGCCCCGAGGACUCCAGGCGGAUUGGGAGGGCAUUCUAUCGCCACGCCUGGACUCUUUCAUAGGAGCUCUCUCCCCGUGGCUCAUCCCGUCCAUCGACUACAACUGCUCUGCUCUCCACAAACUCCCCUCCGUCCCCGUCACCGAGUCCCUCCCGUCGCUUCUUGACAUAAUCAACGCUCUGAGUUUCUACGACCAGCCCGCUCCUCCGGUCACGUGGCCACGACUGAACUAG